AUGGCGAGGGAAUGGUCAAAUGAAGAACUGGAAAAAUGCACUCAAAUCUCACUUGCUGAUUGUAAUAUGAAUGGUGAGAUUUGGCCUCAAGGUUUGGAUUGUCCAAAACUUGAAUUUUUCAGUAUGAGGAUACAAGGGUUUUUUGAAAUCCCUGAAAGUUUUUUUGUAGGGAUGCAAAAUGUCAAGGUUCUAAGUUUCUUUAACCUGAGGGAAUUGUCCUUGCCAACAUCUCUUGGUCUUCUCAUAAAUCUUCAAACACUAUGUUUGAAUUAUGGCAAAUUUUCAGAUAUAACAAUCAUUGGAGAGUUGAGAAAACUAAAGAUUCUUAGCUUGCGACAUUGUAAGAUUAAGCAGUUGGUUGGAGAAAUAGGUAAAUUAACUCUGUUAAGGUUAUUAGAUUUAAGUGAUUGUAAGAAACUAGAAGUUAUAGUACCGAAUGUUAUAUCAAGCUUAAUUCGAUUGGAAGAAUUGUAUAUGAGUGGAUGCUCUAUUUCAUGGAAGCUUGAAAUACUUGAGGAGUUGAAGCAUUUGUCUCAAUUGACAACUUUAGAAAUAGAUAUUUCUGGUGAUCAAAUUUUGCCAAAAGACUUCUUCUCCAAAAAGUUAGAAAGGUACACAAUAUCAAUUGGAGAUGGGGCUACUGAUUUUGGUGGGUACUUCAUAGUUGGUGAUUCUGGGGAGUACAUGGAGGUUGAAAGCUAUUCAUUAAAUAAGUCUGCUGCUUUAAGAACACUGAAAGUGAAUCUUAAUUCUAUCAUCUGGCAAGAGGAAUUGCAGUGCUUCUGGAAUGUUGAAUUCCUAUGCUUAGACAAAUUGCAAGGUAUCAAGAAUGAUCUCUAUGAAUUAGAUCAGAAGGGUUUUUCUCAAUUGAAAUAUCUUCAUAUCCAUAAUAAUCCUAACAUCUUGUGCAUUGUUGACUCAACAAAGUGCAUAUCACACGAUGUCUUUCCACUCCUAGAGUCUCUGACUUUUUUUAAUUUGAUUAACUUGGAAAAGAUAUGUUAUGGUCUACCCUCAACAAAGUCUUUCUGCAACUUAAAAAUUAUAGAAGUGAAAAGUUGUGAUAAGUUGGAAAAUGUCUUCUCAUUAUCCAAUGCUAGCAGAAGCCUUCCACAGCUUGAAAAAAUUAGGGUGGAAGAUUGCAAGAAUUUGAUUGAGAUUUUUGCUGCGGAAAGCAAAAAUCGAGCAAACAACAAUGAAGUAAUUGAUAAGAUUGAGUUUUUUCAAUUACGCUUCUUGACUUUGAUUAAUCUUCCAAGGAUUGCAAGCUUCUACUCAAAUGCAAACACAUUUUCAAUAUCACAAAGGACACAGAAAGAAUUGACAAUUAAUUUGCAGUCCACUGAUAUCAAUUUCGAGGAUGAGGAAAUUGCUAUUGUCUUGCCAUUUUUUAAUAAAAAGGUUGUUUUCCCUAGUUUGGAAGAAUUAAACCUAGGAGCAAUUAAUUCUGAGAAGAUUUGGGACAACAAACUUCCAACAACCUCCUGUUGCUAUCAAAAUUUGAAAAAAUUGAUUGUGGAUGGCUGUCAAAAGCUAAAAUUUGUAUUUCCAUCAUCUAUAGUCAAAAACUUUGAGCAGCUUCAAUACCUUAAGAUAAGUUAUUGUAAGGAAUUAAAAGAGAUUGUUGCCAGAAAAGAAACAAAGGGUACUACUACAUUUAACUUUCCAAGGGUGGCCUUGUUGAAACUCAAAGAAUUGCCAGAGCUUACAACUUUCUGUCAUGGUAAACACAAUUCAAAUUGGCCCAUGUUAAAGGAGUUGAAGGUGUGUAAUUGUGGCAGACUAGACAUAUUUUCUUCAGAAUAUGAGGUAUGAGUCUUAUUUUCUUUGUUAUAUAUCAAAUAUAAAAAGUAGUGCUACAGAAGGUGGCUUUUCUCUUCAAUUUACUCACCUUUUUAACGUUUUAGUUAGAAUUUGCUGAUCAAUC